CAUAAAUACAUAUUCUUCCUACAAAUUUUUUAAUAAUAAUUUAUAUAUAUAUAUAUAUAUAUAUAUAUAAAAAAUAUCAUUUAUAAAAAUAAUAUCAACAAAGGAAAUUCUUUUUCAAGUUCCAAAAAUUAUCUUUAUUAUUUCAUAAUAUUCUAAUAUCUAAUAUAUAACAUAAUAAAAUAACAAUAAUUAUUAAAAAAAUAAUAAUAAUCAAAAUAUAAAUAUGUUUAAAGUAUAAUAUUCAUUAUUCUUUAUAAUAAUCUUAAAUUAAUUAAAAACAUAUUGAGUAUUUACAUAGCGAAGUAUCGAACAGAUCUAACUUUUAAUGAAAUUUUAUUUUUCAUAUUCCAAAAUCGCGUAAAAAAAUCAGAAUAUUUAAAAUGCCCUCAAUGAUUAUAAUUAUUAAAAUUGAAAAUCAAUAGAUUUUAAAAAUUCUUUUAAUUAUUUCAUAAAUAUUCUAAUGCGUCAUUGUGCAUUGAAUUGUAUUUAAAGGUAUUUAUAGAUCUUUUGUUAAUUACAAAUAAUAAAUAAAUUUAUAUAUGAAUUGAAUUAUUCAUGAAUUAAAAAUUAUAUAACUAUGGCAUUUUUUGUUAAAACACAAUGGAAAUAAUAUGUAAUUUGUGGAAUAUAUGUAAGAAUAAGAUGUAGAUAUAAUAUAUAAAAACUGAAUUAAAUUAAAUAGAUAAAUUGAAUAAAUAAAUAGAUUAAAAUUUUUAGUUAAUAAUAGGCAAGAAAAAACAAAAUUAAUUGAGAAUAAUAUUAAAAUAAUAAAAGAAUCUUAAUAUCUUCGAACUAUAAAAACCCUUUAAAUAUUAAAAUGGCUAUAUUGUAUCGAAUCAUAAAAUGUUUAGAAAAAAAUAUAUUAUCAGUAGGACGAAAUAGAAAUAUUACAUUAUCUGCAACAAGUCAUAUCAAAGAAAUAAUCGAAAAGAAAGAAGGAAACACUUUAACUAUCGAAGCUAUAAUAAAAUCAGAUAAAAAUGAUGAACGAUUUUUAAAACCUAAAAAUGGAGCAUGUCCUAUUUGUUCGUCUGGUCUUAAUAUUAAACAUACAGAUGUUCUCAUUCUAAAUCAAUUUGUUACAUCGGAUGGCUGUAUAUUGCCACGUAGAAUUACAGGUCUUUGUGAAGUACAACAAAAAAGAAUUAGUUCAUUAAUCCAAAUGGCUCAAUAUGCAGGACUAAUGCAAAGGAGAGCUCCUAAUGGUGGUCUACUUCAUCCUUUACAAAGAAGGAAAUGGAAAAAAUUUAAUAGCUAUUAUGAUGAAAAAACUAUUAAAGCUAGAUAUGUGUAAUAAUUAAUUGUUAAUAAUAAAUUAUAGAAAUUAUAAAAAA